AUGGGAAUAGUUCGGAAAAGUUGGGUUCCAUAUGUUAGGAAAGUCAUCCUCGGAUCUGGUCGUUUCCUUCCGGUUUCCGCAUGUAAGGUUCCUGAUGGAAUCCGUUGGAGUAUUUUGCCGAAUUUUCCAAGAUUUUACGUUCGGAUACGAUCGAAAACGAACGGAUUUUGCCCGGGAAAUUCCGGACCGGAUUGUUCGACCUGGGUAGCUUCUUUCCAUCGUCUUAUCGAUGGUGCUUUAUUUCGUGUUGUCAAAUCGUCACAAACAACAUUACGUUGUUCACAUUCAACUCCUAAUUUAUCCGAUAAUGGGUUUAUUCAUUCUAAUCAACGCCUUCGUCUUGCUGUUCCGAAAUUAAAAACUCUUGAACUUCUUUCUUUAGCUCAUGAUCAUCCAACUGCUGCUCACUUAGGCACUCACAAGACAUUUUCUCGUCUCUCUUCUAGGUUCACAUGGUCUUAUAUGCGUCGUGAUGUUGCCGCUUAUGUGCGUUCUUGUCUUUUAUGUCAGCAGCAUAAAUCGUCUAACCAAUAUCCUGGUGGACUUAUGCGUCCUACUGUUGUUGGUGAACCAUGA